GCGAGCUUCCACGUACACACUCCAAGGCCUCUCCCCACUGCCCGGGCCGAGCACAUCCGGGUUGCUGGAGCAGGUGCCUCAGGCCCCGCCCCCUUUUGCCAGGCGCUAGCCCCACUUCCGGCCAUCUCAGGCCUUUUCCGCCAGGGCUGUGCCGGCUUUAUCUCUGCUCUGUAGGUCGUUCCCGGCCCCAGGCCCCGGUCUCUCGCGCCCUUCCCUCGCUCCUAGCGGCUCGUCGCUCAUCGUGAAUCUCUCCGUGGCCCGGAGCGACUCCCGUGCGUCUUCGCGGGCGGCCCGGACUGAGGCCUGCCGCUCGUGGUGAGUCCGCGCAGACGUGACCCCGAGUCUCCCCGCAGCUCGGUUGAGGCCGCCUCCGUCGCCUCGGGAUGCCGGGGCCGGGGUCCGCGCAGCGCUGGGCGGCCGCCGCGGGCCGUUGGAGCUGCAGGCUGCUCGCGCUGCUGCUGCUGGUGCCGGGGCCCGGCGGCGCCUCCGAGAUCACCUUCGAGCUGCCGGACAAUGCCAAGCAGUGUUUCUACGAGGACAUCACGCAGGGCACCAAGUGCACCCUCGAGUUCCAGGUGAUUACUGGUGGACACUAUGAUGUAGACUGUCGAUUAGAAGAUCCUGAUGGUAACGUGUUAUACAAAGAGAUGAAGAAACAGUAUGAUAGUUUUACCUUCACCGCCUCCAAAAACGGGACAUACAAGUUUUGUUUCAGCAAUGAAUUUUCCACGUUCACACACAAAACUGUGUAUUUUGAUUUUCAAGUUGGAGAAGACCCGCCUUUGUUUCCUAGUGAGAACCGAGUCAGUGCCCUUACCCAGAUGGAAUCUGCCUGUGUUUCAAUUCAUGAAGCUCUAAAGUCUGUCAUCGACUAUCAGACUCAUUUCCGCUUGAGAGAAGCCCAAGGCCGAAGCCGAGCAGAAGAUCUAAAUACGAGAGUGGCCUAUUGGUCAGUAGGAGAAGCCCUCAUUCUUCUGGUGGUUAGCAUAGGGCAGGUAUUUCUUCUGAAAAGCUUUUUCUCAGAUAAAAGAACCACCACAACUCGUGUUGGAUCGGGCUCCUCCUGUCUGGGAGGCGUGGAGGCAGCGGCUGCGCCCCUCAUCCCAGCACCCAGGUCUGUACGGAGCAAACACAACGGCGUCACCCGCACCUCAACCUCCAAGCCCGGGCGUCCGGGGACAUUACAAAGCAGCGCAGAGAACGUGCCCGUUCGCCUCGGGACUAGCAUCCCAGCGCCUCUGGGGAGAAAAGCUGGCGCGCCGGACUCGGACACCUCCUCUUCCCGGAGGCAAGGGGGAACGGUGGGCGUGGGCUCGCGAGGGGCGGAGCCUGCGCGCCCGGCCGGGCACCCUCCCUCCGCGGCGAGUGGGGCCGGUGGGCGUGGACACGCGAGGGGCGGGGCCUGCGCUCCUGGCCGCACACCCUCCUCCCUGCGGCGCGUGGGGAAGCCGCCGCCGGCGGGGUCGCCUAGAGGGAGAGGAAGACUAGGGAGUCGCGGGGCCCCGCGCGGGUCGCCCCCCCCCAUCCAGGCGAGUAGCGGGCGUCCGGGCGGGAGCGGCAUCUGGGCGCAGGGCGAGCUUGGGGCUGGCCGGCGCGGCGCCGUCCCUUCGGCUUGCCCUCACAUCCCGUAUACUCUCGUCUCCUUUGGUGAUGCCACCGUGCGUCUCGUCUCCUGGGGCAGCACUAUUCAGAACGCUGGUCUCGUAAUAGAAGAAGCAGCAGGCACUGAAGAUCUGUAUGCCUACUUGCCAAGAACGCAUAUUCGUCAUUUUGCCCUUUUCACUGUACUCCUGUUUAAUGUGGAGGAUCCUUUUGGAACCCUCUUUUGCUGGGUACGAGGUGGCCCUCCUCUCCUGACCUGGAUGUUGAUAAUGGGUGUCGGGAAGUCUAAAAUAGACCCCUGCCCUCUCUCUCUGCCCUGGGGUAAAAGUCCCAGUGUGGAUAUGAGUCAGAGACCUCAUGAGGCAGAUUCCAAGAAAUCCAACGACAUCUCCCUGCGUGACAUUGCCGAGCGUAGCCACGGUGCCCUGACGCCCUCUGGAGAGCGGGAGGGCACUGAGGCCACAGAAGAGGUGCCCGAAGAGGAUGAAGAGGAGGUGUUCCUCAAGUUUGUGAUACUGCACGCAGAAGAUGACACAGACGAGGCCCUCAGAGUCCAGAAUCUGCUACAAAAUGACUUCGGCAUCAAACCCGGAAUAAUCUUCGCCGAGAUGCCGUGCGGCAGACAGCACCUGCAGAACCUAGACGACGCUGUAAACGGGUCUGCCUGGACCAUCUUACUGUUGACCGAAAACUUUUUAAGAGACACCUGGUGUAAAUUCCAGUUCUACACGUCCCUCAUGAACUCCGUGAACAGGCAGCACAAGUACAACUCCGUCAUACCCCUGCGGCCCCUGAAUAAUCCCCUGCCCCGAGAAAGGACUCCCUUUGCUCUGCGAACCAUCAAUGCCCUAGAGGAAGAAAGCCGUGGCUUUCCUACACAAGUGGAAAGAAUUUUCCAGGAGUCUGUGUAUAAGAUACAACAAUCUAUAUGGAAAGAGACCAGAACUACCCUGCAGAGGCAAUCGAUCGCCUGAGAUGGAGCUCCCCACCCAUGGCUGGCUCUUGUUUUCUAGAGCAAAUGAUUCGCCUUCCCUUGAGAAAGCACAUCCCUGGCAAGAAUUUAAAUAAAAGAGAACCUGGCUCUUCCAGAAACCUAGGAGCACCAAGAAAGCCAAGUUUAUGCGGGACCCUGCGCAGACUUGAGGUCCUUUGCGAUGUUGUUUCGAUAAACCAGAGAUCGUCAGAGUUUUAAGAACAUUCCCGUCGCGGUUCUCCUAGUUCAUGAACAUCACAGAGGAUUAUCCUUAAUUCACAUUCCUUGCAGCAACCCUUGAACCCAAACUUACAGGGUAGACACUGUAAGAAUACGGUAACGCCUGCAUUUUGUUCUCCAAGGACACGCAGAAGAAGACGCCUCCGGGAGAUGUGAGCACCCUCACUCUUGAGGCACCUCUCAGAAAUGUUGCAGCCCAGCCUUACUGGUAUCACCACCCAGAAGGAUAGAGAGCCCCUUGAGAACAUUUAGAAUGUUGAGUCGUGAUAAAUAGGAAAUUAAAAGCAGAUAUGAGAACGGUGGGGCUUUUUAAAAGAAUCCAAUCGAAUGUAUUUUUUCUUUCUGCUGGAAUUUGUGUAUUUGGACACAGUGCCUACCAAAAUGCCAUUCGAUGGCAUCCUGGUUGGGGACUCCAGGGAGCCGUGUCUCCAUGUCCCCUAGAGUGUCUUCUGCCAGAUUUUCUCCUUAAUCUCUCUUAAGACAGCCUUUAAAAAUUCCUGUUGGGGAGCCUGGGUGGCUCAGUCGGUUGAACGUCCGACUUCGGCUCAGGUCAUGAUCUCAUGGUUUGUGGGUUGAGCCCCAUGUGCUGACAGCACAGAGCCUACUUCGGAUACGCUGUCUGUCUGUCUCUCUCCCUCUGCCCUUCCCCUGCUCGUGCUGUCUCUCUCUCAAAAAUAAAUAAACAUUAAAAAUAAUUAAAAAAGAAAUUCCUAUCACAGUGCUCUACCCAGGAAGUAUUUCUCAGCUGGGUGUUCAGAGUAGCCAUCUGAACAAGAGCCAUUGGGUACAGACUGGGGACAGGGUGGAGUGCGAAUCACGUCAUGUCGUAACGGGGAAGGCACCCCACCUGAUUCUAGUCCAGUCUCUGCCACUGAGGCCGAAUGUGACCUUACCCUCCUUUAUCUGUGAAAUGAAAGCGUUGAAUUGAUGGCUCUCUAAAGGCCUUUGUCCUCUCCCAGAAUGUGAACAACUAGGAACCAGAAAAGCGAACAAGCAAAAAAAACCCAAAAAAACAAAAAACCAACAACACAAUUUUGUAAUGCGAUGUGUAAUAAUUUGCAGGAGACUUUAGAUACACUUACAGUGAAAGGCUAUUCUGAUGUGUUGACAGCAUAAUUGAUUUUUUUUUAAUUUUUUUUUUUAACAUUUAUUUAUUUUUGAGACAGAGAGAGAGCAUGAACGGGGGAGGGUCAGAGAGAGAGAGGGAGACACAGAAUCUGAAACAGGCUCCAGGCUCUGAGCUGUCAGCACCGAGCCCGAUGCGGGCUUGAACUCACAGACCGAGAGAUCAUGACCUGAGCUGAAGUCGGAUGCUUAACCGACUGAGCCACCCAGGCGCCCCAUAGCAUAAUUGAUUUCUAAUGCUAUCUGUUAACACUUUUAUGGUCGCCAAAGAAUGACAAUCCACGCUUGCUCAGAUUCUUUUAAAAUACAUUUUUUAUGGGGACCGUUGAGUAAAGACAUUCUGCUUGAUUUUUCUUUCUCCUGAUCCUCACUUCCCUGUAUCUCUUAUGAGUACAAGGGGUCUGCCCACAUCUUUCUGUUUCCGCCUCUUCGUAGCCAUGACUGAAUGUUCCAUGAGGAGCUUUUCCCAUAAUCCUGCGAGGAAGUCAAACCUGCUUUGCUAGUACUUAUUGAAGAAGAGAUUGUCUUCAUUGCACGGUGUUGUUUUCUUUACUUGAGGCCCCUUACUUUCAUAAUAGCUUGCUUACUCACUUUUUCAGUUUAAUAAUAAAUAAAUAAAUAAAUAUAUAUAUAUAUAUAUAUACAUGUAUAUAUAAAAUCCAUAUAUAUAUGGAUUUUUAACCAUGCAGCCUCGUGUAUCACCAAUUUCAUCCUCUAAAAAAACAUUAACCACUCACCCUUCAUGCUUAUUACCAAAGUUGGAGCUCCUGAUGCUGGAUGGUGUUUUUUAAAUAAAUGCUUUUAUUUUUUACCCAUGACUACACUUGAUUAUUUCCAACUCCAGGGAGGAUUGUGGAAAAGUGUUUUGAAAAGAGCCAUCAAUCUGUGCUCCUCCUCAGAGCACCAGCUACCAUGUCUCAUUCAGUUUGGAGUUACAUAUAUUUUUUAUGAUGAAGGAGAAUGUUAAGUACUGAAUA